CCAUGGCGGGUACAUAAGAUACCACCGAAGAUCAAGAAGAACGACUCUGGAUCCGAAGGACCAACAACGCUUUCCCCUUCCGACAGCUCAAAGUUCGACCAUUCUCCUUCCAAAUCCUUCAAACAUCUGCAGAAAUUCGAAAUCUCUCCUCAAGCAUCGAUUCCCACGUCGCAUUCUUCUUCUCCGAUCCCCGCAUCCGAAGGUCCAUUGCCGCCAUUGAAGCCAGUGAGCUCGGAGGGCUGAUUCUUGAUGGAGGCGUCGUCGAGCCAGCAGGAUUUCGAUUACCUGUUGAAGCUGCUGUUGAUUGGGGACUCUGGGGUUGGGAAGAGCUCUCUCCUCUUGAGUUUCACCUCCGAUGCCUUUGAGGAUCUAUCUCCUACCAUCGGUGUGGAUUUCAAAAUAAAGCAUGUUACAGUUAACGGAAAAAAAUUGAAGCUUGCAAUCUGGGACACAGCGGGACAGGAGAGAUUUAGAACGCUGACUAGUUCAUAUUACAGGGGAGCUCAGGGUAUAAUUAUGGUGUAUGAUGUGACACGACGAGAGACAUUCACGAACCUCUCUGAAAUAUGGGCAAGGGAGAUUGAUCUGUACUCAACUAAUCCAGAUUGCAUCAAAAUGCUUGUAGGUAACAAAGUUGACAAGGAAAGCGACAGGGCUGUCUCAAAGAAAGAGGGGAUUGACUUUGCGAGACAAUAUGGAUGCCUUUUCCUUGAGUGCAGCGCGAAGACUCGGGUGAAUGUGGAGCAAUGCUUCGAGGAACUUAUUUUGAAGAUAUUGGAAACACCGAGCCUACUAGCAGAGGGAUCAAUCGGUGUGAAAAGGAAUAUCUUCAAACAGGCACCACCGGAAUCUAGUGCGACUAGCAGUUGUUGUUAAUGGUAGUGGCAUCUUCCUACCCUCUGCUCAGGUCGAUCUCAUUUGUUGAUUGAUAUCGGACAUUCCUGCAUUGAGCGGGAUUGAUGUACUUAUUUGCUUUACUUGCCAAACCUGCUGACUCCAUUAAGAACAUUCAAAGUAAAAGCAUAGAAGAAAUAUGGGUGGUUCUUCAAUUUUUUUUCCA